AUGGGAUCUCUUUCCCAUGAGAGAAAAUAUGAUAACUUUGCUCCUCCCUCGUCUCCUUGUGCGUUGAAGUACAUCGAGCAUCAUGUAUCCAAGUUGGACACACUUGCAGGCGUCGCCAUAAAGUAUGGUGUUGAGAUUGUAGAUAUCAAGAGAACUAAUGGUCUAACAACAGAUCUUCAAUUGUUUGCUCACAAAAUAUUACUUAUUCCUCUUCCUGGAAGACAUCCACCAUCUACUCUAAUUCAGUGUAAUGGUUCUCUCGAUGACAGUCUGCUCUUCCUGAUAUUUGCAAUGAGCAAAAGGAUUAUGAAUUUUGGAGAGAGGAAUGAUCCUCCACACAAAGGAGAGAAGGAAGUUCUAGAAGGUGCUCCUUACUAUUUAGCUGGUCAGGCAUUCGUCAUAAGUGGCACACUUGACAGGUAA